AUGGAGGAGUUGAAGGAUGAGAUGGGUAACUCGCCCGAACGUCUUCCGGGUGUCAAGAAGGAGGAACCGCCAGGACCGCGAACGGUCAUCGAGCUGAAUACCCGAACACCUCAUCAGCAUUAUCAUCGUCAGUUCCGAUCUCUCGGUCAAGGCAAAACGCCUAUCCUCAAAAUCACACCCGAUGGAGAGGGCGAAUAUCCUCCAGGUGAGACACCCCAACCAUCUCGUCAAUCCUCCUUUCACCGUCCCAACCGUCAAUCGAUAGAGGAGAGACCUUCGAACGAAGCAGAUGGACACUGGACUUCAGCUCUCGACAAGGCUGCUUCAUCCAGUCCCACCUCGACCCCCCAACGUCAUCACGACAAAGCGAUGAAUGCUCGAUUCUCCGCAUUUAGAGAAUCGAGGUUCUCAGAAACGGAUGGGGACCACGAGCAUGAACUGGCCCAAAAACGAUGGUCGAUGCUGCGAGCCAGAGUCCUGCCAUCGAGGCAUAACAGUAAUGGUCCCACACCUGGCCCUGGCAAAGUCUCUGCUUUGUCCACCACGGCCAUCAACACUCUGCCAGUUACAACAGAAUUAUUUGCUGGACAAUUACCCGUCAUGAUGCUCAAGACCUGGAUCGAUCGGGAUGAAGAUGGCAGACGGGCUGUCCCGGUGUUAUUGGGAAACAUGCGAUUCAGAGUCGGAGACAGCGUCGGUGUAGGGGCCGGCAAGGAGACGGGCAAAGAGAUGUUCAAGGUCGAGUGCGAAUAUGGAGAUGGGGCCGUCAAAUGGGUCAUAUACCGCGAACUUAGAGACUUCCUAUCCCUACAUGCCAACUACAAAGCUGCCAACUUCGGAACGUCUGUUGGCGGUCUGAGAUCAUCACGUCGUGUCGAGAUACCCGAGUUUCCCAAAAUGAGUAUACCCUAUUUCAGCAGGUCUCAUGGGAAAGAUCAAGCGCAGAUGGCUAGAGAAGCUCUGCAAAAGUAUUUGGUGGAGCUAAUUCGGGCAGUGAUCUUCCGACCUGAGUCCAACCGACUCUGCCGGUUCUUUGAGCUGUCCGCCUUGACUGUGGCUCUGGCUCCUCAUGGUGGAUUCCAAGGCAAAGCUGGAUUCCUAAUGAUUCCUGGAAGCAAUGCGAGUCGAAGGGCCAAUCAGCCUGGCCUCACACCGACGAGUUGGAUCCACAAUCGAUCGCCGAAAUGGCUGAUCGUCCGAGAUUCGUAUUUCGUUGCGACCGAAGGGCCAGAGGACACAGAAUUCUACGACGUCUUCAUACUCGACCAGGACUUUGCUAUCGAACGGCCUAAGCGUGCUUACCGUCAUGGUCUCCACCUGGUGACCGGCAAGUCAAGCAUCAAGCGCUCGCACAAACACAGCGCGACGGACGAGAUCGAGGUGGAUCCGGAGAACCCUCUUGCGACUGAGAUCGCCAUCAAUAGCGGUGAAGGCAAGGGACCAAAUCCUCAUACACUGGGCGAUGAUGGUCAAGAGAGCUAUGCAAGUCAACAUACGUUCUUCAUUGUCAGCUCGCAGCGAAAAUUGAAGCUUCAAGCGAGGAACGCACGCCACAUGCACCAAUUCAUUGUCAGUAUGGAGCGGAUCGCUGCGCAGUGUAUAUGGACCAGCAGGAACAGGUUCGACUCAUUCGCUCCGCUGCGUGUGAAUGUAGCUGCUCAAUGGCUUGUCGAUGGGCGAGACUACUUCUGGAACUUGAGCCGAGCGAUGAACAUGGCGAAGGACAGGAUCUACAUCCACGAUUGGUGGCUAUCUCCAGAGUUGUACCUUCGUCGACCAGGAGAUGAGCGAUACCGUCUGGACAACCUUCUGAAGCGAAAGGCUGAGGAGGGUGUCAAGGUUUACGUGAUAAUCUACAACGAGGUGUCUGACAAGACCACUCCUGUCGACUCGCUGUAUGCCAAGAAGACCUUGACGGGAUUGCACCAUAACAUCAUGGUCCAGCGUUCGCCUAGUCAUUUCCAGACUGGAACAUUCUACUGGUCACAUCACGAGAAAUUGUGUGUGAUCGACGAGACAAUCGCAUUCAUGGGAGGUCUUGACCUGUGCUACGGUCGAUGGGAUACCUCCCAGCACGUCCUGACUGACGAGGAUCACACCGAGCCAGAUGGACCCAAUGGACCCGUUUGGCGCGGUAAAGACUACGCCAAUGAACGAGUCGCAGAAUACGCCAACCUCGAUAAACCCUUUGAGGACAUGUUUGAUCGGACCAAAGUCCCUCGAAUGCCAUGGCACGACGUGGGCUUGCAGAUUGUCGGUCAACCCGCUAGAGAUCUGUGCAGGCAUUUCACGCAGCGCUGGAACUUGUUGAUCCGGACCAAGAAUCAUACCCGCCGCAUGCCAUUCCUCUUGCCUCCACCUGAUUUCACCGAGGGAGAACUUGGUGAUCUCAAGUUGCAAGGGACUUGCGAAGUGCAAAUCUGUCGAUCCGUUGGGCCUUGGUCCAUGGGUACUUUAACGAAGAUUGAGCAUUCUAUCCAGAACGCCUAUUGCAAGUCGAUUCAAUUGUCUGAGCACUUUGUGUACAUUGAGAACCAAUUCUUCAUCACUUCCACCGUUGUCGAUGGCAUUCAAAUCCACAAUGGAAUCGGCGACGCCUUGGUGGAGCGAAUCAUUCGAGCCCACAAGGAGAAGACGACGUGGCGAGCGUGUAUCGUUAUUCCCCUUCUACCUGGCUACACCUAUCCUCUAGACUCGGCCGAAGCGUCUUCCGUCCGUAUGAUCCUGGAGUGUCAAAACAGGACAAUCGCUCGGGGUGCCGGGUCAAUCUUUUCUCGACUCCGCAAGGAAGGAAUCGACCCCGACGAGUACAUUACCUUUUUCUCCUUGCGGACAUGGAGCAAGUUCAAGUCUGGUGUCUUGACGACGGAACAAGUGUACAUUCACGGCAAGACGAUGAUUGUGGACGAUCGAUUGGUCUUGUGCGGCAGUGCCAAUAUCAAUGAAAGGUCACAACGAGGUGAUCGAGAUUCCGAGCUGGUCGCCGUGAUCAGGGAUACAGACAUGAUUGACAGCAAAAUGGCGGGCAAGCCAUACAAGGUCGGAAGGUUCUCACAUACUCUUCGAAUGCGACUUAUGCGAGAGCACGUUGGAAUCGAUGUCGACUCUAUCGAAGAGGAUCAACUCAUGUCUCGCGAGCCCAUCGCGCCUGAGGAUGAGAUUGAAACUUGGGACCCGGAUCAUCAACAGCAGGAUAAGGAUGAGUUGACAGAAGGCAUCACGACGGUGUCGAAGAGGACAGCAAUGGAACGUAUGAGGAGGACGGUGGGGAACGCAAUGGCAAGUGUCACGAAAGGCAUGAGCGAGAAUGCGGUGGACAAUGUGGGGAGAGCUGCCGACAAGAUCAUCCAUCCCAUUGCUGUCGUCAAGGACCAUGCGUUUGUCGAUCCUCGUAAUGACACUCCUGGCGAGAAGAGUGAGCGACAAGACUUUUCGCAUGGCGGAGGCAAGACGAAAGGAUUUGCAAGCUCGAUCGUCCCGACUCUGGAAGAGAAGACCAUAUUUGAUCGUCGACCUUCGGCGACACAUGCCAAUGGUAAACCGCUAUUCGAUCUUAUUGAAGAGUCGGAGAACCAACAACAGUCUGCUGGACGUCCAGAGGAAGCUGAGGUUCCUGCGGACGCGAAGCAGAACGAGAGUGUCUUGGAGGAGAAUGACCCUUCGGCGUCAGCUCAUGCCAAGGCGAAAGCUCCAAAAAUUCAUGGCAACCCUCAUGAGAAGGAACUCUUUGGUGUCCCUGCGAACGCUGUCGACGGGGACGAUGCCCCUCCCAACGACAAUACCUCACGAAGCGAAGGUACUUCAGAUGAGAAACGUGCGAUUGGCGCUCGACAGACGCUUCGAAAGCACUUGUCGGCCAAGACGGCCAUGACACCUUGGUCGAUGCCCACGCCAACACCCAAGAUCAAUCCCAAUCGAUUCCAGGAUCCUCUCGAUGAAACGUUCUGGAAAGACAUGUGGGUCGCGGUGGCUGUGCACAACACGGAGAUCUUCCGUAAAGUGUUCAGGUGUAUCCCUGAUGAUCUCGUCACCACAUGGGCUGCAUACAAGGCCUUUGCGAAUCACGCUGAGAAGCAUAACAAGGCGCCAGAGGAUGUGGCGGAGAACAAGAACGAAGAGCCCGUCAAGGUCGUUCAUGAUGGACCCGGUACACACGGAUCAGGCGGUGGAGGAAGUGGAGGUGGAGCUAAGAGUGAGACGAGGGGUGCGGAUAUCCCAGAAGGAGGAGGAGGAGGAGGAGGAGUAGGAGGAGGAGGCGGAGGCAAAGAAGAGGACGGUCCUACUUCCCGAAUGGAAGGGGGACUCAUGGGGAAACUCGGUGCAAAGGAUACGACGUCUAAUGUGGACCCGGGUCAAAAGGUCGACAACCCUUCUGGCUUCGGGGAGAAGAAACCGGAUGGAGGCGGAGACGGUGCUGGAGGCGGAGGCGAUGCUGGUGAAAGUCUAGGCAAGAGAGUCCCGAGUGGACCUCAAGAACCUUGGGCUCAAUGGGAGCGGGAAGAAAUGGAAGAAUUGCUGAAUGAAGUCAGGGGACACUUGGGUGAAUUUGAUAAACGUGUUCACUAUACAAACGCCAUCGCUGACACUCCCUCUCUCUCUCCCCCCUCAGUCAUUUACCCUCAGAGAUUCCUCGAAGUCGAAGAUCAGAUUGGAAACUUGCUCUUCCAGUUGGCUGCUGUGCAGAAGUGA